AUGGAAUCCUUUCAGAUCUACAUGGAACUCCAUGACGCUUCUGAUGCGGUCAUGUGCCGAGCAUUCUCUUUGACUCUGGCCGACGCUACUCGACUAUGGUUUAAACAGUUAAAACCGAGGUCCAUUAGCUCAUUCUUGGAGCUCAGCCAAGCUUUUGUCAUGAACUUCAUCGGAGGAAAGAAGAGACUCAAAGCACUUGCUCAUCUUCUUGACAUAAUCCAGAAAGAAGGCGAACUCUUGAAGGACUACAUCAAGCACUUCAACCUAGAAGCACUACAAGUUCGAAAAUAUUCAGAAGAAACCGCCCUGAACACCAUCAUGAGCGGGCUGAGAGAUAAGCCUUUCCUCUUCUCUCUGGAUAAGAACCCUCCUGCCACUCUGGCCGAAUUUUUGAACAGAUCGCAGAAGUAUACUAACGUUGAGGAAUCCCGGAUAUUGCGGGACGCCGCCCAAAGAAAAAAUCCUCCAGCUAAAGAGCAAAUGAAGGCCAAACCCAGUUCAAUCAAUAAGAAGAGAAAGGAUGAACGAUCUCGAGACAACCGAAAAUCGAACAAACGGCCCAACCAUAAGUUCAAGACUUACAGUCCUCUAACCAAGAUGCCGGAACAAGUCCUAAUGGAGAUCAAGGACAAGCAUCCUCUUCGUUGGCCGGAUAAGUUGAAGUCUAACCCCGACAAAAGAAGCAAAAAAAAAAAUACUGUCUCUUCCAUCAAGAUCAUGGGCAUAAUAUGA